AUGCCCAGGGUUCAGGUUCCUACCUGCCACAAGUGCCGGAGGCCUGGCACCAGGAGGACGGUGGCCUUGCUUCUGUGCGGACUCCUCCUUCGAAUCGUUUGGACGGCGGCGCCUUUCGUGCACCCGGCCGUGUCCAGACGACGGGAACUGCCAAGGACGUGGCACGCUGCAGCAGCUGAGGGUGCCGGGAGACCUGGUGUGGAGGAGCUCGGAGCAGACGUGCAGGGUCGUGACACGGCCUUCAUGGAGCGUCUCCGCGGCCUGGCGCGGGAGGCCCUGACGUGGACGUUCCUGGAUGACCAGGAGCGCCUGGUCUGGGCUGCGGUGCUGGAGUUCGACGCCGUGCCCUCACAGGAGUUGCCCCCGUGGUUCUUUCAGAGGCACAACUUCACCCGCCGCCGGCUAGGCGUGGACCUCUUCAGCUUGGAUGGGCAGCGGGCGAUUCUCUGCCGGGCGGGGAACGCCUCUCAUCGGGAUUUGAAGCUGUUCCUGCGAACAGCCCAGUGCGUGUGCAAGGACGCUGAGUGCACGCUCUGGACCCUCCGCGGCUGCAAAAUCUUUGCCGAUUCCAAAAGCUGGCUGCGCAAGUUCGGCGGGCAGCACAAGAUCCUCACGAAGAAGUGCUUGUCCCAGGUUUGCCAGGAAGCCAGUUCCGCACUGAUGUCCGGCAAGGUGCACGGCGGCCCUGCUUCCGACCUUCCUUUGCGAAAGUGCCAGGAGGCGUGCUUGGAGGCGUGCCUCAAAGGAGCUCGAGUGAUCGAGAUGGCCUGCGGCACAGGGAAGACUCGCGUGAUGCGAGAGCUGGCAGAGAAGCAGUCUGGCAAGGUCUUGGUCACUGUCCCCUCGCGCGUGCUGCUGGAGCAGGUUGCCGAAGAGAUGCCGGGUUUCUGCAAGGUGGGCAUGGGUUACAACGACAAGAUCGACUGGGAGUCACGUGGCUUCGUCGCCGUCACCGACUCCGUGCAGCUUCUGAACAAGUUGGAGUUCGAGGCCGCUUUCAUCGACGAGGCCCAUCACCCGGUGCCAAAAGGGAUGCCGAGCUGCAAGGACCUCUUCAAGUUCUCCGCGACGCACAAGGAGGAGGCGGACUUCCGGUACAGUCUUGGUGAAGCGAUCGAGCAGGGGGUGCUGUGCGACUACGACUUCACUGUGCCGGUAACGACCGAGGGCCACCCCUACAUCUGCUUGGCGAACCUGCUGCUGUCGCAGGCCGGGCGCUUCCGGCGAGUGCUGGCGUACUGCAACUCCAUCGCGGAGGCCAGGCGGUUCCGGAGCGUAUUGGAGUCUCUGGGGUUGGCGGCGUGGCACAUCAACGGCGACACCAACCGCAAGGAACGCGAGCGGGUGAUGCGUCAAUUUUCGUCUGAAUUGGCGAAACCGGUGCAUGUGCUGGUGACAGUGCAGGUGCUGGGGGAGGGCGUCAACAUCCCGAACGCGGACACCUGCAUGUUCGUGGAGCCGCGCAGCAGCUACGUGAGCAUCAUUCAGGCCGUCGGCCGGGUGUUGCGGCUGCAUCCGAGCAAGCCUCUGGCCCAUGUCGUGCUGCCUGCUGUGGCAGUCCAGGGCCCGACGCUGGCUGCUUCGAGUAUGCAACCGAGUCCUGUGAACAGUGGCAGUUCACACAACGCACCGCGCGCAGCGAUCACGGAAGUCUCGCCAUAUUCCAGCAUUCACGAGUGCCCGGAGGACAUAGGAACCGAGGUUGCGCCUCAAUCUCAGAUCCGCAGCUCGCCGCCGGCCUCUCCCAGCACCGAAGCAGCGGAUGGCCAGGCUGCCACUUCAAAGCGUGCUGGAGCGGUAGCAGGCGGCAGGGAACGUACGCAACCUGCAAGUGUCGUGGAUGGUACCAGGCAUCGGUCAAAAAGCCCCCAAGCGAGCAGCGAGGAGGAGGCCGGGGAGCUGCUUGGGCCAGCUCCACAGCCUUCGACGACGGACAAAGAUGGCACAGCAGCACUUGCAGCAUCACUGGACAUGGAGCCCGGCAGCGUGCAAGAUGCUGGACUUCACAGUCGAGUUGGGACAACGCGACAAUCAGCGGUUUCCGGUGCAUCCGACUCGGUGCUGCAUGCUUGGAACCCAGGCCUUGUUGAAGCGAAUGGCACUGGGCCUGUCACGCCGGUUGUACGGCGCUCUUCGAAUGAACACCCCUCGGCAAGCAUGGCGAGCAUGGCUGCCUUGGAGUCUGGGCCAGUCAGCGGACCUGCCCGUUCACUGGCAGCAGGCGCUGCGACAUCUCAACAGACAUCGUUUCUUCAGGCCGCGAGCCAAGAAAGCAGCCAGACAGAGGUAUCGAGCGUUGAGGCUACGACGCGGGACCACGGAAGUGGAAGCAGCACGGGACCACCCAAACCUGGCCCCACUUCCAGGCUCAGUGCAAGGGUCACUGGUGAUGCUGGAUUUCUCGGGAGAAGCUUGUCAGAACAGCUGGAUCGGUUCCUGUGUGCGAUCAGCAGAAGUGACAGCCGCUUUGCUGGGAAGGACGUAGGGCAUGUGCAGUCUUGUUUGUGGGUAACCGACUGCAGAUUGAGCCGAGAAGUUUCAUUGCAUCCAUUGGUUCGCAGCAUGCAGUAUCAGUUGGCAGAGAUCCUGCGGCAACGUGAUCCCUGGGAGUUGCGUUUGCAGGCAGUCGAGCAGUUUGCCCGGGAGCAUGGCAGGCUCCCGCGCCAGAAGGCCAUGUUGCCCGAGGAGAAGGUUUUGGGAGUGUGGCUGCACAACGUCGGUUCUGCGCACAAGAGGCACAUGCUUACAGCCGCCAGAAUGCAGAAGUUGUUGAAUUCAUCUUGCGACAGCUUGAGGGCCCGUACUGCACGGUGGCUGGAUCCCUCUACAGACUUUGAGCGUCGACUAGCUGAGCUGCAGCAGUUUGUCCAAGAGCAUGACAGGCUCCCGCACCGGGAAAGCUCUGCGUUUGGGGAGCGAAGUUUGAGCAUGUGGCUACGAAGGGUCGGCUACUUGUUGAAGAAGCACAGGCUCUCAGCCACCAACUUGCAGAAGUUGUUGCGCUCAUCGAGUAGCAUUAUACGGGCCCAUGCUGAGGAAUUGCUGGAUCCUAACAGGCAGACAGCCUUUGACCGUCUAGUGGAGGAGGUGCAACGUUUUGUCCAAGAGCAUAACCGCAUGCCCCGAAAGACAAAAACGAGCUCCGCUGGCGAGCGCGAGCUGUCCGAAAACCUGGCGCAACUCGUGAGGCCCACGCUAAGGAAGAAUCAUCGGGAGAACAGUCUUUAUACCUGGCUGCUCAAGCAGCGGCAUCGAGCCGCUGGUCUCCCCUCCGAGCUCCAAGAAGCACUUGUCGAUUCCCACCCAAUGAUUGUCGAUGCGACGCAUGCCGAACUUGUGUGGUCGUCUGGUGGAAGGCCAGGCCUUGGCUUCUUGGUCCUCUCAGAUGACCGCGCCAUCGGCUCCAAGCACUUCGCUUCCAGCCUGCCCAGGUGUUGCAUAUGCCCCUUUACGCAGGGUGGGGGAAUCCAGGCGCACGCUGCCGUGCUUCGUGCUGCUCAGAUGCCAAUGGCAACUGAGGAGCAGUUGUCAUCCGAGCCAGACGUGGCGUUCAUCACGGACGACUAUGCGGAAGCCUUUGAUGGCGUCGAGUUCGGCGAGUUUGUGAAGGCUCCGAGCCUCGACACGAGCCCCGUGGCCGACGCCGCAGCAGUCUUCCACAAUUUCUCCCGGCAGCUGUCCGCGCACUUACCUGUCGAGAGCUUCGCCCAGUUCCGUGCUUCCUGCCGCGAAGUCCAUGAGCACCUGCAUUCCAAGGCCUUGGUGCGACACAUGCUCGAGCUCGUGGAGCAUUCGAGGCCGGACGUGUUCGCGGCCACGGGCGAAUGGUGCAAGACAGGCGAUGCGAAGUUGUGGGAGCAUCUGGAGGAUGGCCCCCGCCUCCAGGUGGGGAAAUCAGGUCUCUGGUCGUUCUUCAACGGAUUCAACCGGUGGUACAAGUUGAUGGGGCCCACUGCUGUUCUGCCAAGUAUACGAAGCAUGAGGGCGCACUGCUUCCGUGCACCCAGGGAUGUUGCGAAAAAUGUGCAGCGGUUCACCGCUGUUGCUGCCGGGCACUUGUUCGCAACGGGCGAGAACAAGGCAGUGCGCCAUCUGCUUGCUCGGGACAUGUUGCACUGGCUCCUGUAUGCGGACAACGACAUCACGCUGCAAUUCUGCCGUGCCUGUGGCAAGUGUGGGCCACACCUGCUUGGCAGGUUCAACAAAGCCACUGUGCAGAGCUUGAUGCAAGUGUGCGUGCGUACCAACCACAGCGCCUGCCGCAGCGCAGCCAUCAAGGCGGUGAGGCAUUUCCUGGAGACCGACCGGUCCUUGUGCCCUGCAGUUGGGUCAAGGCUUCCUGCCCUCGAGCAGUUGACGUGGGAGAGCGAAAGGGCUGAGAGCGACUACCUCGCAGUGCACUGCAUGUUUCUGGCCGAUGCCGUCCAGAGGAAGCUUCCGGUACGCAUGGAUGCCUCCGCGCAGCUACUCCAGAGCGCGCUCCAAGCUUGCUGGAGGAGCUUGAGGUGGACUUCGGAACUUGCAGCAACAUCGUGGCCUUUGGAGGCCUGUGGAUCCAGAGCUGUUCAGGACUCCUGGGCGGCGCUCUUUGCGACUUGCGGUGCCGAUUUCGGUGCGCGUGCGCCUCGCGCAGGUUGA